AUGGAGAAAAAGGGAACAAAAAUGAGAAAAAUCAAAUUGGGCUCAGUUGGGCUUGAAGUAUCUGCUCAAGGGCUUGGUUGUAUGGGUAUGUCCGCUAAUUUUUAUGGGCUACCCAAACCCGAACCCGAAAUGAUCAAAGUGAUCCACCAUGCCAUUAACUCCGGCGUCACCCUUCUUGAUACUGCCGAUAUCUAUGGACCCAACACUAAUGAAAUACUCAUCGGCAAGGCUUUGAAGGGAGGGAUGAGAGAGCGAGUUGUGUUAGCAACAAAAUUUGGUGUUGUUUUAGCAUCAGAUGAUAAGAGAGCAGAGGGAAACAGAGAAGUGCAUGGUGAUCCAGCCUAUGUGAGGGCAGCGUGCGAGGCUAGCUUAAAGCGACUUGAUGUUGACUGCAUAGACUUGUACUAUCAGCACCGAAUUGAUACGCGUGUGCCCAUUGAAAUCACGAUUCGAGAACUUAAGAAACUGGUAGAAGAGGGUAAAAUAAAGCACAUAGGUUUAUCUGAAGCAUCAGCGUCAACAAUUAGAAGGGCGCAUGCAGUUCAUCCAAUAACAGCAGUCGAGUUAGAAUGGUCUCUGUGGUCGAGAGACGUGGAGGAAGAAAUAGUUCCUACCUGCAGGGAACUUGGAAUUGGAAUUGUGGCUUACAGUCCACUAGGACGGGGCUUUUUGUCAUCAGGUCCGAAGCUGCUUGAGGAUAUGGAAAAUGAAGACUACCGAAAGCAUCUACCAAGGUUCCAGGCUGAGAAUCUUGAGCAGAACAAAAUCUUGUACGAGCGGAUUUGUGAAAUGGCUGCAAAGAAGGGAUGUACCCCUUCUCAACUGGCGUUGGCCUGGGUACAUCACCAAGGAAACGACGUGUGUCCCAUCCCAGGCACCACUAAGAUUGAAAAUUUCAACCAGAACAUUGAAGCUUUGUCCAUAAAGUUAACAUCAGAAGAUAUGGAAGAGCUUGAAUCCAUUGUUUCAGCUAAUGCAGUCCAGGGUGAUCGGUAUAUUCCUGGUAUGAGUACUCAUAAGAAUUCAGAAACUCCGCCCCUUUCAUCGUGGAAGGCUACAGAAUGAUGCAAUCGCUUAACUAGUGUCUCAGAGUAUGUAAUUAGUGUGUGUGUGUGUGUGUUAAGUCGAGCUAAGUUUUUUCUGUAUUUUGCGCGCUGUAAUAUAGAGUAUAUUUUUCGAUUUCAGUCUAUCGUGCUACUUACGAUGUUAUAAUGGUAUAAACAAUAAACUUGUGACUCUCUUUUACAA